AUGAUUGCCAGCCAAGAGAGGCAGCUGCCGAUUAAUUUGACCACAAACUAUCCGAUGUUGGUAGUUAUUGGGAAAACACUUUUAGGAAAGAGUUCCAGAAAGAAGAAGUCUAGCAAUCAGAAAGCAGAAAAAGUCUUUUCCAUAGCAGCAGCUGCAUUGCUGAAUUCAGGAGGAGGAAUUUUGAGAAUGGAGAGUGAGGACAGGAAUUACUUCUGGGAGCAUGGCAUUUGUGGAGACAUAGAGACGAGCCUCAGGGAUUGCACUGGCAGAAGAAAGGCUCAUCCAUACUUUGCACGGAUGCAGCAGGGGAGUAACCUGCUGCUUUUUGAAGAAAAACUGUGUCAAGUGCCACAAAGAGAAUGGACUGACCCCAAGAGAGCUCAGCUGAGUUUUGAUGGGGGAGCAAAAGAGACUCCUCCAAACAUCCAAGAGCACAACAUCCAAGAUACUGUGGUCAGGUUUAUAAAGAAAGAUGAAGUGCUGGUUGGGGAGGUCCUGGGUUUCACACAGGCAACACAUAUUGAAUUUAAGGAAUGCAGUACAAAGAGUAGCUUGUAAUACAUCAGAAAAAACUUUCCUAAAUACAUCUCUGCCUUUGCAAACACUGAGGGUGGAUAUUUAUUUUUUGGUGUGGAUGACAACAGUAAAGUCACUGGGACCCACAGUAAUGUGGAGAAAGUAGCUUUAGAACAAACAGUAGCUGAUGCCAUCAGCUCAAUGUGUGCCCAUCACUUCUGUGGCUCUGGGGCUGGCGUGCAGAUCCAGGUGUGUUGUAGACAUUUUUUCAUAGAAAUCCUUUCUUUGGGAUUUGUGCAUCUUCUGGGAGUGCUCCUACCUCUUCAGGUCGCUGUAAUACAGGUGCACAUCCUGGGUGUUUAUGACCAAGCAGGCUGUUCACAGGGCUAUGCCUGUGCCAUGCACAUUGAGUCAUCUGGCUGCACUGUGCUCGAUGGUGACCCUGAAUUCUGGAUGGUGCUGGGCACUAUCAGGGUGUGGGGAGAGUGUGGGGAGCUGGGCGCUGACUAAAAGACUGAGCAGCCGGAAAUGGAUGGAGCUCAUGACAGCUGCAGACCCAGAUAAAUAAAACCCGCAUUUAUGUUAGCAUCAACUUCAUUUCUGUGUUCUGCUGCAAACAUUCAGGAGGAAAGAUCAACUUCUUUUCAGGGUGUUCUCACCACACCUAGAAAGGGCCAUUUGACCCAUGCCCAGCCACAGGCACUGGGAUGAUGGUGCAGU